UCCUGUCCCUUUCCCAGCCGGCGGCCGUGGGGGCACGAUGAAGAGGGAGGGUGGUGCUGCCACUCCCGGGCGGCCGCGGGCGGUGAGGGACAGCCAGACGCCUGCUAUCCCAGACUGCAGUGACAGGCACUUGGACACGCUGGACUCACAGGAGCUGGUGUGCUGGCUGUGGUCAGAGGGGGAGUGCCUAUUGGAGUCCUGGCCCUGGACCUUGGGCACUGUUCACUGGAGCCAUCAUCUGGCCUCUUGGCCCUGGGAACUUGCAGUGGAGGGAGCAGAUGGAUUGUAAGAUGCAGGAGACGCUGCCGAAGGAUCCUAGAUGCCCCUCUAGAGCAUGAGCUCGGGCAAAAGCGCCUGGUACAACCGCUUCUCUGGUGGACCUACCAAUCUUCCCACCCCAGACAUCACCACCGGGACCAGAAUGGAAACGACCUUCGGGCCUGCCUUUUCGGCUGUCACCACUAUCACCAAAGCGGAUGGGACCAGCACAUACAAACAGCACCGCAGGACGCCCUCCUCUUCCAGCACCCUUGCCUACUCCCCUCGGGACGAGGAGGAUAGCAUGCCCCCCAUCAGCACCCCACGCCGCUCUGACUCGGCCAUCUCCGUCCGCUCCCUGCACUCCGAGUCCAGCAUGUCCCUGCGCUCCACAUUCUCGCUGCCCGAGGAGGAGGAGGAGCCGGAGCCACUGGUAUUCGCUGAGCAGCUCUCGGUGAAGCUGUGCUGCCAGCUCUGCUGCGGCGUGUUCAAGGACCCUGUGAUCACCACAUGUGGGCAUACAUUCUGUCGAAGAUGCGCCUUAAAGUCAGAGAAGUGUCCUGUGGACAACGCCAAGCUGACGGUGGUGGUGAACAACAUUGCCGUGGCCGAGCAGAUUGGGGAGCUCUCCAUCCACUGCAGGCAUGGCUGUCGGGCAGCAGGGGUCGGGAAGCCCACUGUCUUUGAGGUGGACCCCCGAGGCUGCCCCUUCACCAUAAAGCUCAGUGCCCGGAAGGACCACGAGAGCAGCUGUGACUACAGGCCUGUGCGGUGCCCCAACAACCCAAACUGCCCACCCCUUCUCAAGAUGAACCUGGAGGCCCAUCUCAAGGAGUGCGAGCACAUCAAGUGUCCCCACUCCAAGUACGGGUGCACGUUCAUUGGGAACCAGGACACAUAUGAGACGCACCUGGAGACCUGCCGCUUUGAGGGCCUGAAGGAGUUCCUGCAGCAGACAGAUGACCGCUUCCAUGAGAUGCAUGUGGCGCUGGCUCAGAAGGACCAGGAAAUUGCCUUCCUGCGCUCCAUGCUAGGCAAGCUCUCAGAGAAGAUUGACCAGCUGGAGAAGAGCCUGGAGCUCAAGUUCGAUGUCCUGGAUGAAAACCAGAGCAAGCUAAGCGAGGACCUCAUGGAGUUCCGCAGGGAUGCAUCCAUGUUGAAUGAUGAGCUGUCCCACAUCAAUGCACGGCUGAACAUGGGCAUUCUAGGAUCCUAUGACCCUCAGCAGAUCUUCAAGUGCAAAGGAACCUUCGUGGGCCACCAGGGCCCCGUCUGGUGUCUCUGUGUUUACUCCAUGGGGGACCUGCUUUUCAGUGGCUCCUCUGACAAGACCAUCAAGGUGUGGGACACAUGUACCACCUAUAAGUGCCAGAAGACGCUGGAGGGCCAUGAUGGCAUCGUGCUGGCACUCUGCAUCCAGGGGUGCAAGCUCUACAGCGGCUCAGCAGACUGCACCAUCAUUGUGUGGGAUAUCCAGAACCUGCAGAAAGUGAACACAAUCCGGGCCCAUGACAACCCAGUGUGCACGCUAGUCUCCUCGCACAACAUGCUUUUCAGUGGCUCCCUGAAGGCCAUCAAGGUCUGGGACAUUGUGGGCACUGAGCUGAAGCUGAAGAAGGAGCUAACGGGCCUCAACCACUGGGUGCGGGCCCUUGUGGCUGCCCAGAGCUACCUGUACAGUGGCUCCUACCAGACAAUCAAGAUCUGGGACAUCCGGACCCUCGACUGCAUCCAUGUCCUGCAGACAUCUGGUGGCAGCGUAUACUCUAUCGCCGUGACAAAUCACCACAUUGUUUGUGGCACCUACGAGAACCUCAUCCACGUGUGGGACAUCGAGUCCAAGGAGCAGGUGCGAACCCUGACAGGCCACGUCGGCACUGUGUAUGCCUUGGCAGUCAUCUCGACACCAGACCAGACCAAAGUCUUCAGCGCAUCCUAUGAUCGGUCUCUCAGGGUGUGGAGUAUGGACAACAUGAUAUGCACACAGACCCUGCUGCGUCACCAGGGCAGUGUAACCGCAUUGGCCGUGUCCCGGGGCCGGCUCUUCUCGGGGGCUGUGGACAGCACUGUGAAGGUUUGGACUUGCUGACAGAACACAGGCCAGGUCUUGGUGUCUUCUGGGCCCACCCUAAGCCUCUCCACGCCAGGCUGGCCACAUGGGUGGUAUCAGAGUCCCUGCCUGCCCAUUUGGGGUUAGGCAGGCAGGCAGGCUCAGCUGGCCGCGCGGUGCCCUCCCGAUCCUGCACCUGGUGAGCGUCCCUCUCUGCCUGGCUCUGUCAUCAUUGCUGCUAGGACAGUGCCCAGCCCCUCUUUCUACACUCCAGGUAUAAUGCUCGCCCAGUCCACCCUCCAUCCCCAUUCCUGAUGGACUACAGGGCCUUUUUACUCAACUUUUCUAUUGUUUUUAGACUGUACAUAGAUUUGAUAACUUCCUGAUUGAAAUAAAAGCUGCACAGCUCUGACCGGUGUGGCUCAGUUGGUUGGGCAUCAUCCCGCAAAGUGAAAGGUCGCCAGUUCAAUUCCCAGUCAGGGCACAUGCCUGGGUUUCAGGUUCCGUCUCCAUAUGAGAAGCAACUGAUCCAUGUUUCUCUCUUACUGAUGUUUCUCUCCCUCUCUUGCUCUCCCUCCCCACUCUCUAAAAAUAAAUAAAAUCUUAAAAAAAA